AUGGGAUUCCGGGAUUCUGUUGAUGUUUGGGUGCAUGGAGGUAUCCCAAAACCUGAAUCAUACGAACGAAAGAAAUUAUACAGCUUUGGCGAGGAAUUAGGAAGUGGAUCGUAUGGAUAUGUCAAAAAAGCAACUCGUAUCGAGGACAGCAAGGUGGUUGCCAUCAAAAUCAUUCCCAAAUCCAAGGUAAAGGGUCAUUUUGAUAUGGUGUAUUCUGAAAUGAGAGUGUUGGAGGGAUUAUCUCACCCCAACAUUAUUGGAUUUUACGACUGGUUCGAGUCUCGAGAAAAGUUCUACUUGGUGUUUGAAUUAGCUACUGGAGGCGAAUUGUUUGAACGAUUGUUUGAAAGAGGCAAGUUUACAGAGAAGGACGCCAUAGCAGUGAUGCGGUCCGUCUUGAGAGGGUUGGAAUACUUGCACAAGAAUAAGAUUGUCCACAGAGACUUGAAGCCAGAGAAUUUGCUGUUCAAGACACCCGAAUCAGCAGCAGAUCUAGUCAUUUGUGAUUUUGGCAUCGCAAAGGCAAUGCAAGACGACGGAAUUGGAUUAAAGACCAUUUGUGGCUCACCAGGUUAUGUCGCUCCUGAAGUGCUCUUGAAAAAGCCAUACAGUUAUCCAGUUGACAUUUGGGGCGUUGGCGUGAUCGCAUAUACCGUGCUUUGUGGUUAUCAGCCAUUCCAAGGCGAAGACAAUGUUGAGAUGAUGGACGACAUUACACAUGCAAGAUACGAAUUCCACGAAAGAUAUUGGAAGAACGUUUCUCCUGAUGCUCGUUCGUUCAUCAGAAAAUGCCUUUCACUGAACCCAGACUCAAGACCCACUGCAACAGAAGCUCUGAACGAUGUUUGGAUGACAGGGCAACAGGCUAAAGACAUUGAUCUUUUGGAUACAGUGCGUGAAAAUUUCAAUGCGCGUCGUACGUUCAAGAGCGCUAUCAGUGCCGUGAAAGCAAUGAAUCGCAUCAAGGCACAUUCCAUCUCAAGAGCAGCGGCAAACAACGAAAAGAAGAGAGCUGCAACAAGCUUAGUAGCUCCAACAGUCCAAGCGAUGAACAGCAUGAAUAUCGGUACAGAUGUCGCAAGAGUAAGGUCUGCACAGUAA